GUUUAUGUCCGACAAUAACUUCGGUGCUCUGAGUGACAGCAGUGGAUCUGUUUGUUUAUAUGCUGGACUUCAGAGGCAAUCACAUCGACUCUCAGUGCAUAUUCUCGGGAAGUCGCGGAGAAGUGCUAGUGAUUGAGCCGUUGAUAAUACCGGAGCACUCAAAGGGAGGGGAUAUACAGAACUUUAGCCACAUUUGCUUACUAUCGAUGGCAACGGUGACCAAAGUUAUUGCGCUAACACUGAGGCCGGCAAUCAAUGUCCACUUCACACAACUUCUUAAGGCCAAAGGGACUACUCUUCCACUGAUUUGCUGGCAGUUCGUUAUGGUUCAGAUGACAGCCGACGCCAGAGUCAUAGACCCGGUGCUGUCGUUUGCGCGACAAAACACUAUUUACUUCUUUCAG